AUAUUUAUUAAAUGCCUCCUAAAUAAUAAUAAGUUGUGAAUGUUAUUAAAGAUGAAGAAUAAUUUCUAAAUCUAAUAAGUUCUGAAAAUAAAAAGUUGGUAUUGCUAGAUGUUCAUCCUGAUUGGUGUGGUCCAUGUGAAAUGAUGCAUCCAACAUAUAAAACAUUAUAGACAAGCAUAGAUGAUUUUGAAAAAAGAGUAGACAUAUACACUCUUGGUUAUAGUAAAAUCGUUACUUAUAAACAUGAUAAAUUUAGUAACAUAUUAUUCAAAUCUCAAUUAGAUAGAGAGCCUAGCAGUAAACCUAGAUUUGUCUUUUAUUAGGAAGGCAGAUUGGUAGAUGAAGUAUAAGGAGCUGAUAUUCCUGCAAUUAUUGAAAGAGUUUACAAAUAUUUACCAAUGGUUUAUUGAUUAUUAGUAAAUCAAACAAUAAAUUAUUUAUUAUGU